AUGACGGAGGUUUUUAACAGAGGAGCUAAAUUAUUUGACGAUAAUAAUCAACGUGAUUACAAUCAUGCCACCGAUUCCGAGUAUAAACGGUUAAGAAGUGAGGCUGAUAGAUUAUUUCAAAAAAGACAACAGUUGAGUCAACAAUCACAAAGUGCAUACAAACAAGGUGAUGGUCAAAAGGCACACGAUUUGAGUGAAGAGCUGAAACGCAUUUUAGCUCAAGCGGAGGAGUGUAAUCGUAAAGCUGCUGAGUACGUUUUCCGUGAAAAUAACGAGGAUAGUGGACCAGAUGAAAUUGAUUUGCAUGGUUUAUAUGUCAAAGAAGCUGAAUGGAUUUUAGAGAGAAGAAUUUAUUAUGCUGUCAAAACAAAUCAAUCCCAUUUGAAUGUUAUUGUUGGUAAAGGAUUACACUCAUCCAAUGGAGUUGCCAAGAUUAAGCCUGCAGUCGAUGAGUUAUGUGAUCAAGUGGGAUUAAAACAUUACAUAGACAAAAAGAAUUCCGGGGUGUUGGUUAUUGAUUUGAAAGGUGUUAAUCUUGAUAGACUUCCAAGCUCAUGGGCUCAAGGAACAACUAAUGUCGCUCCACCUCAACAAGCUUAUCAUGGAACUGGCCAACCACAAUAUCAUCAACAACCAGGACAACAAUCACAUAACCAAUAUCAACAACAACAACACCACCAACAACAACAAGACAUUAAAACUGGUAAUGAUUUACUUGAUAUGGUUCUUAAGAUUGUCUGUGGUUGUCUCAAGAGUAAAUAA